GGAAACAGCGUGAGGGGGGACACGCAGCUUGACUCGGGGUGUCAGCAGCCCGGAGGGGCACAAACAGCGCGGCGGUGGCUGUUUGUUGGGAGGAAGACGGACGGGCAACCCAACUGAUGAAGUGACAGCAGGGGGACACUGCCGAGGACAGUGACACCCCCAGGAGGCACAGCAAGGCGCUGGGAAGGGGGGGGUGCCCCCGGCGCAAUGAGCGGCGGAACGCAGCGGGACCCCCUCCGGGGAGCGGGGCCGAUGGAGUGCGGGGACCGCCCCACAGCCGUCCCGCGGCGGCGUUAAGGCAGCGCGGGGCCCCCGUCGUGCGGCCGCGUCAGGGAUGUGGAGCCGGGGCUGCGGCACGGCCGGAUCCCGCGGGCAGCAUCGACCGAGAGCGGGCACCGGCGCCGGGACGGCGGAGGAGCAGCUGAGGGAUUUGAAGCUGGGCCAGACGGCAGAGGGAAAUGUGACCGUCGCUGCACCGAGCCCGGGAGUGAAGGGAACGCUGCGCUGGAGGGGAGGCAGUGGGAAACCCACCGAAGGAGGAUCGCGGGGUCCCCCAUCCCCACACUGCGGGGCAGUGAGCGUCAGGAGCCGCUCCGCCUGGGGUCGGGGACACCGUUCUUUCCACCGGACCGCAGUACCCGUCCGAGCCUGAUGAGAAGCUCGUGAACCUAUGCAGACCAGGAAGAAAUACAUUUUCCUGACUUUCCUCGCCUCUUGGCUUCUGCUUUUCUUCUUUGGAAGAGAGCAGCUGCGUCGUUUUGCUUUCUUUCCCAGGAGGAACGUCGCAGCCCGCAGGAAUUGGCCCCGCUGGGCGGAUCGUGCCCUCCUGCACAGCUUUGCGGAGCCCAGGGAGCUGCAGGGCAGCGGUGACACGGCGCAGCCCUCACCCCGAGCCCUGCGGGCGGCACAGCUGAGCACAUCCCAGGGCAGCCGGUGCCGCAUGGAGAGCUGCUUCGACGCCUCCCGCUGCCAGAAUGGCUUCAAGGUGUUCACGUACCCGCGGGAGCACGGUGAGCCCAUGUCGGAGAGCUACAGCAAGAUCCUCACCUCCAUCGAGAGCUCGCGUUACUACACCCCGCGUCCCGAGGAAGCCUGUCUCUUCGUGCUGAGCAUCGACACGUUGGACCGCGACCCCCUCUCUGCUCACUACAUCCGCAGCGUGGAGCAGAGGAUCCGCUCCUUCCCCUUGUGGAACAGCGGCCGCAACCACCUCAUCUUCAACCUGUAUGCGGGCACUUGGCCCAACUACACCGAGGAGCUGGGUUUUGACAUCGGCCACGCCAUGCUGGCCAAGGCCAGCUUCCACAGCAAGAACUUCAGGCCCGGUUUUGAUGUCUCCAUCCCCCUCUUCCCCAGGGAGCAUCCGCAGCGCGGCGGGCAGAGCGGGUGGCUGCACCACAACUCGGUGCCCCCAAAAAAGAAAUAUUUGCUGGUGUUCAAGGGGAAACGUUACCUGACUGGGAUCGGCUCCGGCACCAGGAAUGCUCUGCACCACAUCCACAAUGGGAGGGACAUCGUGUCGCUCACCACCUGCAGGCAUGGCAAGGACUGGGAGAGGCACAAGGACACGCGCUGCGACCAAGACAACGUGGACUAUGAAAAGUUCGACUACCAGGAGCUGCUGCACAACUCCACCUUCUGCAUCGUGCCCCGAGGGCGGCGUCUGGGCUCCUUCCGCUUCCUGGAGGCACUGCAGGCUGCCUGCAUCCCAGUGCUGCUGAGCGACGGCUGGGAGCUGCCCUUCUCUGAGGCCAUCGACUGGGGCAAAGCGGCCGUGGUGGGCAGCGAGCGACUUCUCCUGCAGAUCCCCUCUGCUGUCCGCUGCAUCCGCCCAGAGCGCGUGCUGGCAUUCCAACAGCAGACUCAGUUCCUGUGGGACGCAUACUUUUCCUCUGUCGACAAGAUUGUGCACACCACACUGGAGAUCAUUCGGGAUCGGCUGCUCCCGCACCGCUCGCGAUCCCGCAUCCUCUGGAACUCACUGCCUGGGGGGCUGCUGGCACUGCCUGACUUCUCCACGCACCUCGGGGACUUUCCCUUCUACUACCUGCAGCACGGCUCUGGCCCUUCUGACAAGUUCACAGCACUGCUCCGGGCUGAUCCCCCGCUGGGUUCCCUCUCCCAGCCCACCCUCAAGCUCAUCCAGGCCGUCUCCAAGUCCCAGUACUGUGCGCAGAUCCUGGUGCUGUGGAGCUGCGAGAAGCCGCCACCUCCAAGUGGGAUGUGGCCACAGACUGCUGUGCCUCUCACCAUCAUCCAGGGCAGGACGAAGCUCAGCGACCGCUUCUUCCCAUACGCAGCCAUUGGGACGGACGCAGUGCUCAGCCUGGAUGAGCACACCAGCCUCUCCACCAGCGAGGUGGAUUUUGCCUUUGUGGUGUGGCGCAGCUUCCCUGAGCGCAUCGUGGGCUUCUCUGCAUGGAGCCACUUCUGGGACCCCCAGCAGAAGCGCUGGGGCUACACCUCCAGGUGGACCAACAAGCUCUCCAUCGUCCUCACCACUGCCGCCUUCUACCACAGGUACCUGGGUGGAUGGGGAGGGCCCUGUGGGGCUGUGAGGCUGAAGCCUGCCCUCCUCAUUCUCCACAGGUAUUACCACAGCCUCUUCACGGAGUACCUCCCCGCGGGGCUGCGGGAGCUGGUAGACAGACUGACCGCCUGCGAGGACAUCCUUAUGAACCUGCUGGUGGCUGCUGUCACCAAGCUGCCUCCCAUCAAGGUCACGCAGUGGAAACAGCACAAAGAAGCUGCAACUCAGCCGGUGAAGGACACGGCGGCAGGCAGCACCCGGCGUUUCUCCCAGCAGCAGGAUUGCCUCAACCAGCUGGUGGACUGGUUUGGCUCCAUGCCCCUCGUGUCCUCCCAGCUGCGCCUCGACCCAGUGCUCUUCAAGGACCAGGUCUCUGUCCUGCGCAAGAAAUAUCGCUACUUGGAGAAGCCCUGAGCUCAGCUGUGCAGCCCAAACCCCUGCACAGACCUUGCAGGGCAUGGCACAGCCCUUCUGGACCAAGCACAGCCAUGGGGCUUUAUUCCUGAUUGGGUUUUACCAGUACAAUAAAGAUCAGUGGAGGUGCAAA